GUCGUCGCUCGAGCUGAGCAGGUGGUCUGGUCUCCCAGAAGAAGAACCCCCAUCCGAGGACUGAGGGACGCUGAAGCCAUGGACAAGCCAAUUGUCUGGGCACGUGUCGUCAAGGUGCUCGGCCGCACCGGCUCCCAGGGACAGUGCACCCAAGUGAAAGUGGAGUUUCUUGGCGAGCAGAAUCGCCAGAUCAUCCGCAACGUCAAGGGACCCGUGCGCGAGGGCGACAUUUUGACGCUGCUCGAAUCGGAGCGCGAGGCUCGUCGUUUGCGUUAGGAGGAGCGGAGCAGACAACG